UCCGGUUUUGAACCUGUCAUGGCUUCCUCGUGUUUGUAAUUGAUUAGAUGUAGAAAUUAACUAAGAAGAGCUCGACCAUGUCGAGAAAGAAAGUUGUGUAUUUUUGGGAUCCCGACGUCGGUAAUUUUCAUUAUGGUACGGGACAUCCCAUGAAACCACAGAGACUGUCAGUAACACACAGUCUAGUUUUACAUUAUGGACUUUAUAAAAAGAUGCAGGUGUACAAACCAUAUCGUGCCAGCGUCCACGACAUGUGCAGAUUUCAUUCCGACGAAUACAUUGACUUUUUACAAAGAGUGACGCCGCAGAAUAUUCAGGGAUUUACGAAAAGUCUUAGCCAUUACAAUGUCGGUGAUGAUUGGUAAGUUUAGUAUCUGUUUAUAG